AUGGCCUCAGCGACGCGGCAGUUAGAGCACCCUGUCAUCGGAACAGUCAAGGGAAUUGUGUCGAACGGUGUUACUCAAUUUUUGGGCGUCAAAUACGCGAAUCUAGACCACUGGUUUGACAAUGCUCAGCUUGUUCAGUACAACGGUAAUGGUUUGAAUGCAACACGCCACGGCCCGCAAGUCAUCUCGGAUCCUGCGGGGGUCAACCAGGAACACCUGAUCAUCCAGAAAGCGAUCCCAGUGGCCGAGUUCCCUGGGCUAUCAAGCACCGAAUGUCUCAACUUGAACCUCACAGUGCCUCUCGAGGUGAAAGACUCCCAGCCCUUACCUGUACUGGUCUUCAUUCAUGGCGGAGGAUUCGCUACUGGCUCGAAUUGGUGGCCACAGUAUGACAUGAAGCGUUUAGUCCAACUGGCAAGCGAACGGGGAAAGCCCAUGAUUGCCGCUGCUAUCAGCUAUCGCGUGGGUGCGCCUGGGUUCCUUACCUCCGAGGAGCUUCAAAAGGAAGGGUUCAAGAGUAAUCAAGGCCACCAUGACCAGAGAAUUGCUCUUAAAUGGAUCAAAGAGUAUAUUGCUGGCUUCGGUGGCGAUCCUCAGCAGAUAACCGUGGCCGGUGAAAGUGCUGGUGGCAGCUCAACGACCCGGCUACUCUACUCGAAUGAGACACUGGCGACCCAAAUCAUCGUCUUGGGGGGUUGCCCUCCACUUCUUGCGCCGCUGGACGCGGCAGUUGCUGAGCAAGUCUAUCAUGACGUGACCAAAGCUUUCAGACUCGAAGACCUGUCAUCGAGUCAACGUAUCAAGGCAUUGUCUGAGGUGUCCCCAGAGGACCUCCUUGCGAAGCUUGAAGGGGUCAGGCCGUUUCUACCAAUCUUGGACGGAGAUACGGUGCCCUUUACGCCAACAUUCGAAACGUCCAGGGCAAAAAAGGUGAUUCCCAGCGGGACGUCUUGCCGAGCCAUGAUGAUCGGAUACGCGCCGUUAGAUGCGAGCAUCUUCGGCUUCGUGGGCCUCCUGCACAAGAAAGAAGGCAUUGCCACCAAGUUCAUCCAGUCCAUCAGCUCGUCGCUAUCGCAACACCCCGAUGCGACCACGCGGAUUCUGCAAGCCUACGAGAUUAGCGAGGCUGCGGGCGACGACGAAUCUCUCAUCCGUGUCCUGCAAUUUGCUUCAGAUCUUGUUUUUCGCGCCUCGGCAGAGUUGUAUGCGAAAAGCUUCCAUGGCAACUCCUACUUGUUGGAAUUUGCAGAGCGCAACCCUUGGGAUGGUCCUUUCAAAGGUCACAGUACUCACGUGCUUGAUGUUGCAUUCCUCUUUCAAAACUACAAUGAGCAUCUCAGCGAAAAGCAAAGACAAACUGCCGAAGCAUUUGCCGCUGAUGUGAUAGACUUUGUUCAUGGUGAGGCUCCUUGGGGGCGACUCCGAGAUGCCGCCGGGCGCAUGAUCUAUGAACAUGGGACGAGAACUUACAAGGAAGACGUGGCCGGCUCCGGGAAAUAUGACUGUGUUCUUACCCUGGGCGAAGAAGUUGGUCUGGAUUAUCUACUAAAAGCUUGGGAGACGUUCCUAUUCUCUCAACUUCAAGGCUUGAGCGGCCAUCGCGAACAUAAUUCGGAAGCUUAUCGGUGCCUGCAGAAGAUCAGGAUGAAGGCGGACCCUGUACUUGCUAGUGAGUCGCUGAGCUCGACGCUGCUUGGCGUUGGGCUUGAGCGCGUUGUCCAGUUUCGAGGGAUUCCAUACGGCGAGAUCCCAUCACGGUUCGCAGAACCCCGGCCGAAAAGCGCUUUGCCACGGGAGGUGAAUUGUACUAGCUUUGGACCUCGGUGCCCGCAAGUCGCCAUUGAUGUUGGCCAUCUCUUGAGAAUCCCCAGCCAAUACAAGCUGCCGCCCGAGCCUGAGGAUGAGUUCAAAUGUCUCAACUUGGACGUGACGACACCCAGAUCAUGUUUAUCGUCAAAGCGCGAACAGCUGCCGGUUCUUGUCUGGAUUCAUGGCGGUUCGCAAGCAGUGACCUUUGGAAGCGCCGCUUCUGGCGUGUGUGAUGGGACACAAGUUGUGGAGGAUUCCAUCAGUCAAGGGAAACCGAUCAUCGUUGUGACAGUUCAGUAUAGGCUGAACAUCUUUGCGUUUGGGGACGAGACUAGUUCGAAGAAUUUGGCCCUGAAAGAUCAAGCCUUGGCUUUGAAUUGGGUUCAAAAACAUAUAGCUGGUUUCGGAGGCAAUCCGGAUAACAUUUUUCUUGCAGGGGAAAGCGCCGGAGCGGUGUAUUGCCAUGCACACCUGGUAGCUGGCGCCCCCAUCAGAGGCGUCAUUCUCUGCUCCGGCUCUCUGUACCUAUCUCCACCCCAGUCAGAAGAGAAGGCCUUCAUUUUGCGUCAAACUUUACGAAAACACCUUCAAGGUGCGGGCGAUUUUGAGAUUGACACCGCUCCCGUGGAUAAAUUGGUGGAGGCCCUAGAGUCGUCUGGGAUACAGUCUUGGUUCUUGCAGACGGAUUCCGCGCUUGCAGACUGGCAGACCAAAAUAGGAGUAGCUGAAAGGUUGAUGAUAGGCGAUGUCCAAAACGAGGCCGUAAUCUGGCGAGAGGGUGUGUGGGCAACAGAUAACGCCGCCGUUGUCGAUGCGUUUAAUUUAGCUGGCGAAGACCGGGAUGCAUUGAAAAGGGUGUACAACAUUUAUCCUGACAGACCCUCCUCUUCCAAGAUUGGAGCUUUGGAUUUCAUCAACGACUAUAAAUUUCUCCUUCCAGCCGAGAACGUUGCUCGGCUGUUCAAGGCUGCAGGCAAACCGGCCUAUCGUUACCUGGUCGAUGAAUCGAAUCCUUGGCAGCCGUCAAAUGGCGCUCAUCAUGCUGUUGACUUGCUUUUCCUCUUUGGGGGGUUCGACCUAUCCUGUUUUCCCUCUGCAAAAAAGACUGGAGAACACAUGCGUGAAGCGUUCAUCGCGUUUAUUCACUCCCAAGAACCGUGGAACCCUAGUUGUUAUGCAGGAUUUGGGCCAUACGGAUCGUUUCAGGAGCUCGAUAGUGCUGGCGUUGGGUGCCGAAGGCGAAUGGAGGCGGCAGAGUUCCUGCGAAGUGUCCCGUCACCAGUCCUGGAUAAGGUAUUCUUUGCUCUCGCUGCCGGCCGAAUCAGCUUGUCAAACUGA